CCAUCCUUCUUUUUUUGCGAGAGAUCCUUAUAAAUAAAUUAGUGCUUAUAAAUAAAUUAGUGUGGAUAGUAUUUCUAAAAUAUCAAAAGCGCGUGUUGAUCCAUGUUGUUUCAUUCCCCGUUGAAGGCAUAUCAUUCACUUUUCCCAUUAUUAUUAAUUAAAGAAGAAAGGAGAGAGGCGCUUGCUUGAAGAGUUCUGCAGACAUAUAAUUGCUCUUUUAUUAUUCACUACUGCCACAUCCUUGCUCCGCCGCACAGCUGCGCCGUUACUCCGAAUCCAAUUACAGCGAGGCCACAGUGAAGCGCCAGAGCUUGUGGGUAGCCGUGGGAAGAAGCUUUCAAAUUUCUCUUGUGGGCAAGCGCAUUUGAGGUUGUGCUUGUUAAGCACUACAAUAUUACAACCUCUAUAUCCAAAUCUAUUGAUGAGUGUUUCCUUAGCCAAUUUUUUUUUUGGGUCCAAUAUUGUGGUAGAAACGGUCACAAUUCUUUUCCAAGAGAAUAUAUGACUAUUAAACCUAAUAUACGCCCAAGGAGAUCUAUGAAGAACCUCUUUCUAUGUGAGAAGAAGAAAUCGAAGUCAUCAGUUAAUUCUUCGGAUUUAUCCUCGAGCUCAAAUUUGCUAGCCAUCGAUGACGUUUGUUAUGUUCCUUCUUCAGAAGAUUAUCAUGAUCUGAAUAAAGGAAGGAAGACAGACAUGAAAUGUGAUUUUCUUCGGACAAAUGGAAAUGCGGUCAAGAAGACAAAUAUAAGUUUCACAACUUUUGGAGAUAAUUUUCCCCGGGUCCAAAAUUCCAAUGGAAAAUCACUUAUUAUUUCUUCAAAUGUAGAAGUCCCAAAAUCUGAAAAAAAAAGUUUUGAAUGUACAACGAAAUAUAUAGAUCCUCGAGAAGCUUCUAAAGAAAGUAUUUGGAAGAACUCAUCGGAGUCACUUUCUAAUGUGGAUGAUAGGAACUCAAUUUCCAUAUCAAGCAUGCCAUCUUAUAUCAAUGACAAGACAAAGGAUGCCACGAAGAGUUCAUCGUCCGAUACCAAUGCUACAAAACCAUUUACGGAGUUGACGUCAUGGGAGCUUUGCAUAUCCAUACUCAAAAGAGAUAUAAUCCCGAUUGAAAAAUCGGAAUGGAGCAGUUCAUCAGCUACAUUCUCCCAUGAUGACAAUGAAAGCAACCCUUUAUUUGCAUGCGAGAGUUGUGGGUCUUUGGAAGAUCCAUGCCGCAUGUUAAUAUGUGAUUGUUGUGAAGGAGCAUUCCACUUGCAUUGCUGCCACCGGCGCAUUAAGAAAAUACCAGAUAAAGAGUGGUACUGCCUAGAUUGUUCAAGGAAGAAACAUAAGAGGAAACGUGAGAUUUUUCCGAGUGCGGAAGAUGGAUCAGCCAAGCACAUUCAAAGACCCCACCGAAGCCUUGGUUCAAUAAGAGAUAUGUUGAUGAAUCCUGAACCAUAUGACACUCAAGUGAGGAUUGGUGGAAACUUUCAAGCAGAAGUUCCAGAAUGGUCUGGUCCGAUUUCUUGCAAUGAUGAUCAUUUUAUGGAUCCCUCUGAACUUGAUGCCACUGAAAUGACAAGUCCAAGUUGGCCACAAAGGCGUGAAGACAAGAAAAGCAGCAUUGGUAACUGGAUUCAGUGCCAAGAAGUCUUAGACACAGGAGCUAUUUGUGGCAAGUGGCGGAGGGCACCACUAUUUGUUGUUCAGUCGAGCGAUUGGGAUUGUUCGUGCUCAGUUCUUUGGGAUCCAAUUCAUGCUGAUUGUGCUGUUCCACAGGAAUUGGGGACUGAUGAAGUGCUUGAGCAACUGAAGUACAUAAAUAAGCUGAAGAACCGUUUGGAUAUUCGUAAGAAGAAACACUGAAAAGACAUAAUCCGUCAAAACAGGUGUUAUCUACAGAGGAAACUGCAGAGAGGGAACUAUUGCACCAGUCCCAGUCCCUUCAUUGCGGCUGUUGACAGUUUGAUCGCUAGCUGAUUUUGCCCCGAUUGACCUUGGAGCGAAAAGAAGAGAGGUUUCGUGGUUCCACCUUCGGACAUCAGAAGUUUUCCUCCUGACGAUAUGUCGAGAUGGGUUUUGUUAGCUUCUUUUGAAGAAGGAAACGGCAUUUGCUGGUUGAGGAUUAGAAGAGCAAUUGAUGUUGAUUUUUUUUCCUUUUUAUUCGUGAGAUCAAAACUAAAGGCUGUAUCAUGCAUGGUAAUCCUUGGCCUGAGGCGUG